CCUGGGCCCCCGGGACUCCCCGCGCUGCCUCCGCCGACGGGACCGUCCGGAGGACAUGUAUUCCUCUGAGAAACGUUGGACAGCAGAUUUGGGUGUAGUGCCUGAUCGGGACCACGAACAAAGACAUCUCCAGUCAUGGAUUCAAACCAGGAUGUAGCAGUAAAACUUGCCCAGGAGCGAGCUGAAAUAGUUGCUAAAUAUGACAGAGGACGAGAAGGUGCAGAGAUUGAGCCUUGGGAAGAUGCUGAUUACCUUGUUUACAAAGUCACGGAUAGAUUUGGCUUCUUACACGAAGAGGAGCUCCCAUAUCAUAACGCAGCUAUGGAACGGCAAAAGCACCUGGAAAUUGAAAGAACUACUAAAUGGUUGAAAAUGCUAAAAGGAUGGGAAAAAUACAAGAACACUGAAAAGUUUCAUAGGAGAAUUUACAAAGGAAUCCCACUGCAGCUCAGAGGGGAAGUCUGGGCCCUCCUCCUGGAGAUCCCGAAAAUGAAGGAAGAAACCAGAGACCUGUAUAGUAAAUUAAAACACAGAGCACGGGGUUGUUCACCUGAUAUCAGACAAAUAGACCUUGAUGUCAACCGCACAUUUAGGGACCAUAUCAUGUUUAGAGACAGAUAUGGUGUGAAGCAGCAAUCCCUGUUCCACGUUCUUGCUGCAUAUUCUAUCUACAAUACGGAAGUUGGAUACUGUCAGGGGAUGAGCCAGAUCACAGCUUUACUCCUCAUGUAUAUGAAUGAAGAAGAUGCCUUCUGGGCCCUGGUCAAACUGUUCUCGGGCCCCAAACAUGCCAUGCAUGGAUUUUUUGUCCAUGGUUUUCCCAAACUCUUGAGGUUUCAAGAACAUCAUGAAAAAAUACUGAAUAAAUUUUUGUCCAAGCUUAAGCAGCACUUGGAUUCUCAAGAAAUCUACACAAGUUUUUACACAAUGAAAUGGUUUUUUCAAUGUUUCCUUGAUCGGACUCCCUUUACACUAAACCUCAGAAUAUGGGACAUCUAUAUCUUUGAAGGAGAACGAAUUCUUACUGCUAUGUCUUACACAAUCUUAAAAUUACACAGAAAACAUCUUAUGAAAUUGUCUAUGGAAGAACUUGUGGAAUUUCUUCAGGAGACCUUGGCAAAGGAUUUUUUCUUUGAAGACGACUUUGUAAUAGAGCAGCUCCAGAUUUCUAUGGUGGAACUAAAGCGGGCAAAGUUAGACCUUCCAGAACCUGGUAAAGAGGAUGAAUUUCCAAAGAAACCUUUGGGACAACUUCCCCCUGAAUCUCAAUCAGCUGGCAUCAGUCACCUGAGCAACGGACAGAGGAGUGUGGGCAGGUCAAGUCCGCAUCCGGAAGGCAGGAGAGAGAGCGGCUCGUCACCUUACAAAGCCCACGAGCAUUCCCCUCCCCGUCAAAGUAGAACAGGUACCCCCGAGAGGGCGCGGCAGCUGCGGCGGAAGUCAGUGGACGAGGAGAGUAAAAAGCUUAAAGACGAGGUGGAUUUUCAAAGGAGACUUCCAUCGGGUCCACAGGACAAUUCCAGGCAGUAUAACCACGCCGCCGCUAACCAGAAUAGCAACGCCACUUCACACGUCAAGAAGGAGUUUGUGCCCAAAUGGAAUAAGCCGUCAGAUAUCUCAGCUAUUGAGAAAACCGCCAAGUAUGCCAUUGAAGGGCGAAGUCGGGCCGCACACCCCACGCUGAGAGUCGCCGUCCCCGGUUCCGCUGACGCGCGGCCCCCCAGCGUCAGGCAGAAGGUGAAGGUGCUGGAUGCGGACGAAGGGAAGCGUGGCUCCACCGCCUCGCAGUACGACAACGUACCCGGGGACAGCGCCAGCGCGGCCCUGGAGCAGGCGCUGGAGAGGGCGCGCUCCCAGAGCCCCCGGGGCGCGGCCUACGCUCACAGCCCACGGAGGCACGCUGAGCCCAGCUCCAGUCCCUCCGGAGCCCCGAACGCGUUUACUUUCAAAAUACAGCCUCCGGGUUACGCAAAACAUCCAUCCCAGUCAGACGGGGAGGAUCGAGGGGCAGCGCACCCCCCGUCUUACAGUGAGCCCCCCACUUACCAGGGCAGUUCUCCGAAACUCAUCCCUGCUGCUAACAGCAGCUUUGUGUCUCCACCGUUUCCCCACGGGACGCCAGGGUAUCCUUCCCGGAGACCUUACGGUUCUACUCUUUCGACUGAUGUUUCUCCAGAGAAAUCUUACAGCCGCCCAGCUCCUCUGGUCCAGCCGUCCAGUCGAAUAGAAGUUCUCCCUGUUGAUAUUGGUGCUGGGGGAUAUUCGGGCAAUUCAGGGUCACCAAAGAAUGGGAAAUUCCUCCUUCCUCCAGUGGAUUGUUUGCCAGAUAACGGAAAAUGGUCGGAAGUUGGUUACGCAUUGAGACCGGAGAUGCACGGACCGUCGUGGACUCGUGAUGCCAACCGUAGCCACUUAAGCAGUUCACCCAAAUACCCCACCUUUCAACACGUCCCCUAUCAGGACCACACCCUCCCUGCAGUUUCAGUAGAUAGUCCGGUGCGGUAUCGAACUUCCCCAGCUGUGGAAGAUGCCAAUUCAUCUGGGUAUCAGUAUUCAGGGCCCUCGCCUCCAGUAUAUCACUACAGGAAUCGGGAUGGACUCUGUAUCCAGGAAUCAGUAUUGCUGUGAGAAUUGAUCUGUACUUGCUGCAGACGAGAGAAUAGAAACCAUAUGAAACCUACAUUGCUAUGUUGAUAAUUGCCAAAGCAGUAUUUUAUACAGUUGUGAACAACUCGCACAAUUCUCGUGUAUGUCAGUAAUAAGGGUAUAUGGAAGUGAUUUCAUCCCCACCUAGAUGCUGCUUAAGAUGAGCUUUUAACUUGCAUCAUCACUGAACCUGUUAAAAAGAAUUUAACCUGGAAACAUAGCAAUAGUAUUUAGGGAUGCACGCACGGUUUCAUUUAUAUCUUUCUCCAAAAUCUGAAUAUUUGUACUCUGUUAGCCCAUUCUAUUUUGAGUAAUGAUACAAAGCACUGAAAAACUGUAGAAUAGAUAUUUUUAAGGCUAUGUGUAGUGUACGUGUCUUUCAAUAGAUACUAUAUGCAUCUACGCAUACACGUUUGAACACAGAACUAAAGAAAUGUUUAAAAAAAAAAAAACUACUUUUCAUCUAGAUCCAUGGAAUAAUUUCUUCUUCUUCUUUUCCCUACCUUGUCUUUUGGUCAAGGUUUCCCCCCCCCCCCCACCCCUUAUAUUUUUAACCCAGGUCCUAAACCGACUUGAGGGUUUGCCCUGGCUUAAUUCAGCAUCUCACGGAAUGCUCAGCUUUCUCAUUCAAUUGCUCAUUCAGUUUUCAAUCUGAAAAUUAAAGACAUUGGAGAGAAAGGCUAACCACUUAAUGGUGCUUAAAAUCGGGGCAGUUUAAUUUUAUGACCGAAGGUGCAGCAUGCAAUGUAUCCAUGUUCACUGAGAGAUCAGCUUUCGUGCGUCUGUGCCCUUUUUUCUGGUCUGACCCUCGCAAAGCUCAGGGCAGAGUGUUCCUUGCCAGAUGCCCAGGAAGUGUGCACACAGCCCUCCGGCGGAUGCCAGCAGGAGAAGCUGCAAGUUACUGAUCAUCAAGCACUCACACGGGGCAGCAGAACAAAUUCCUUUACACUCAUUUGAAAGCAAGAUUAACAAUAUGGUUACUUCUUACUUCUGCCCCUUAAAUUACUGUGGAGUCUCCCCGCAGAGGGCCCCGGGGUGGCAUUCACAUGAUCUUUUCCUGGCCCUCUUCUUUAAAGAAUGUAGUCAGUGAAUAUUGCUGCUCAUAGGCCAUUAAAUUAUAUCUGUGUAAAAUUGUAAAAAAUGAUCCUAAUUAUUACUAGGAACCUCAGAUUUUGGUGGUUUUCCUUUUUUUUUAAAUAGCAUGACUUUCAUACUUUCAAAAAUCUUUUUUUUUUGUUGUUUGUUUCAGUGAAAAAUUCAGGUUCAUGGUAACAAAUCAGCAAUGUCUUUCAAAAUCUUCUGUUACACUACAAUGACCAAAACACUGACCAAGUUUUGGGCACUCCAAGAAAGUAUGCCUUUGGGUUUCACUGGAGAGCUUGUUUUCAACAUUACUUUGAUCCUAUUUGAACAAUAGGGAAUAGAAAACCUAGCAUUGAUGGUUCUUCUUGUUGCAAGUUGGGACUUUAAGCUUUCAAGGUACAGAAGUAUGUCUUUUAAAAUGAGAGUAACAUUUGUUUAGCUAGUGAAUGUGACAAUAUUUUUUAUGUAUAUAAUGAGUCUAAUAUAAUUUUAAUCAACUUGGUAAUGAUGUUAUUAAAUGGCAAAACAAAUGCAGUGUAUUAGCAGCCAAACACUGCAUGGAAACUCCGAUCUACCAGGCUCCUGGUUCAGAUCAUGUAGAAGCUUAGAAAUAAAUGUAUAUAAAAUUGUAGCUGGGGAUGUGAAUUCCAAUUUUAAACCAUGAUUCUGUGACUUGUAAUAAACCAAGCUGUACAAUUUAGUUUAUGAUAGCAGCAUCAGAGCUGUUCCAAAAUAUAUAUAUAUCUCAACAGUGGUACAUACUGUAGAUUUAUAUAUAUAAAUAUAUAUAUAUAUGCAAAAAAUAUAUGCACACACACUAUUUUCUUAUGUCACCUAUGACUUUUUUAUCUGUAUACUUUUUUUGAUGUGAUUGUUUUUAACAUGCUAAAUAAGUAUAUUUUGUUUUGUGUCUUUUAUGUGCUUUUUUCAGAUGGCAUCUCUGAUUUUUUAAAGCUAGUUCCUUUCUAACUGAGUAGAUACUGCGUAGUGUUUGCCUACAUGACUUUAUAUGUAUCACAGUUCUAUUCUAUGUUAUAUGUUUUACUAAUUUCCAGUAGUUCUGUAUUUAGAACCGUAUCACCUGCCCUUUAUUUGAUUUAAUCAGCCAUUGUUAAUAGUGAUAAGGUAUUAUUUUCAGUCUUCCCCCAUUGUAAAAUGUAGAUCUGUUAGUUUUUCAAGUAGGAAAAUUUAAUUCAGUCAUUUUGCCACCAUACAGUUUUACUCUUUCAAAUUUAUCUUUUAAUAAAAGAUAAAUAGGGAAAUAAUGAUAAAAGAUGAAAUAACAUUCAUAAAGUAGGCUAAAUAUAUUUAUAAAAAACAUUUGGUGAGGAUCUUCAUGGUGUGGAGACUGAUUUUGCUUUAACUGCAUGUACAUGAGGUAACUAUUUUGCCACUAUUAAGUCUUUUCUUCAUAGCAGUUUUGCCUAACACAGUAAGCACUUUGAUAUAGUUUUUAUUUUUUUAAUAUUUAGUUUGAAAAGUUAAAGAAACUUAGACCCAGUGUCUCAAAGGGUUUUAAAACUUCGACUCUUUCAGGUGCUUAUGUUGCUUACAGGAUUUUUAAAAUAGCUUUGAGAGCUGGGGGAUAGCCAUAGCUGUCAAAUCAGACACCCUGGUAUUGCAGGGGAGGAAAAAAAAUUCUUCUUCCUUCUGCCCUCUAGGUUCUCCAUCCAGGCCCUGUAGAUUGGACUGACAAAGGACAGACUAACGGGAGAAAAGCAACUGGAAGGUCAUUAACACGUGCGUUCUGCAUUCACGCGGUAUCCGGUGAUCAGUCACUCAAAGGGAGGGUUAGCUUGGGGUCUCUCCACCCAACUUAGUCAAGGCAGGGGUGAGGGUGGUAAGGGGGAGAAAGGGCACUUAUGGAAAAGCAGGUGACUUUCUGGAAAAUAAAUGGGCCUUAAGAGAGCAGAUGGGAGACAUGAUCGUCUGUGAUGGGGUCUGCUGGGGCACCAGAAGAGGAGGUUAUAGAGUUGCCCCAGGAGGGGAUUUAGGAGAGUUGAGUUCUUUGGGGGUGCGGGGAGCGGGGGUGGCGCUCUGCUUCUGGGCAGAUAAGGGAUUUCAGGAACUCAAAUGCUUCAGCUCAAAAAUCGUUUUUAUUGCCCAAUGGCAUAUUUUGGGGUAACAGAACCCGAUCCCCUUCACUGUCAAUGACAGAAUGUUUCUCAAAAGAAGGAAGAGAGAUUCAGGUAAUGGGGCAUUUCCGGAGAAGAAAAAUGGUUGUUUACAGGAUGUGAUGUGAUUGUUUGAACUUUUUUUCAUUUUAAGAAGAUUCUUAUACUAAAUUUAUGUCAUACUCAGUGUCACUUUAACAUGGAGUUUUAUAUUUGUUGUCAUUUCAGAUCUCCCUCAGGACUCGUUAUACUAUAAGCACAAAAAUGACGCCUGGUCAGUACUUUGCUAAGAUCCCUUUUCUUUUCAUUUUCAUGAUUAGAGAAAAGCAUUCCAUCUCCACAAAUAGGGAUUUAUUCACAGAGGAUCUACAGCUUAAUCUUCUGGAAAUAUUAUUACUUCUCAGUUAUCUUUUAUUUAUUUAAUUUUUAGCAUCUUUAUUGGAGUAUAAUUGCUUUACAGUGGUGUGUUAGUUUCUGCUUUAUAACAAAGUGAAUCAGCUAUACAUACACAUACAUCCCCAUAUCCCCUCCCUCUUGCGUCUCCCUCCCACCCUCCCUAUCCCAUCCCUCUAGGUGGUCACAAAGCACCGAGCUGAUCUCCCUGUGCUAUGCGCUGCUUCCCACCAGCUAUCCAUUUUACAUUUGGUAGUGUAUAUAAGUCCAUGCCACUCUCUCUCACUUCGUCCCAGCUCAGUUAUCUUUUAGAUUCACACCUUUGUUGUAGUAUGCACUUGAUUGUGGGUUAAUUAAGACUAUGGUUUUGGCAGUCUGUUUCUUUGUUUUAAUUGUCCUUUAAUGGAUUUUAAAUUUCAUUUCUUUUUUUUUUUUUUUUUUAAUAAUUCUUUAUUUUUUAUUUAUUUAUUUUUGGCUGUGUUGGGUCCCCGCCUCUGUGCGAGGGCUCUCUCCAGUUGCGGCGAGCGGGGGCCACUCUUCAUCGCGGUGUGCGGGCCUCUCACUAUCGCGGCCUCUCUUGUUGCGGAGCAUAGGCUCCAGACGCACAGGCUCAGCAGUUGUGGCUCAUGGGCCUAGUCGCUCCGCGGCAUGUGGGAUCUUCCCAGACCAGGGCUCGAAACCCGUGUCUCCUGCAUUGGCAGGCAGAUUCUCAACCACUGCACCACCAGGGAAGCCCUAAAUUUCAUUUCUAAUAUUGAUAUUAACACUUAUUGACCAGAUGGUUUUAAUAAGUCAAACCUUACUUUUAUAAUGACCUAAGGUAUUGAGAAUAGGAAGAAAGGAUUCCAUUUAACAUUUAUGUAUGAAUUGUACUUUCAGAAGGAUUUUCAGUUUCCAUAAAUCUAAGCAUAAUUGCCACCAUUUUAUCAAUAAGAACCCUGAAAAAUAGAGGAACAAGUAUUAGAUUUCAUAGGAGUGGAUCUUGACCCCUGCUGCUCAUUAGAACUGGAGAAAUUUUUUUAAAAAUUGAUUGUAUAUUACCACUGUGGGCUGUCUCAAAAAUUCUUAACAGAUCAGUUUCAGAGCUUAGAAACUCUGAUUUCAGGUAAGUUAAAAUUUCCACUGGAAAGACUAACAUUACCAGCCAUCUCUGUAAAUGCUCAUGAACUACUGGCAGUUGUGGAAAGUAGCAGUGGCUUCAGCUGAAGGUGGCCUGACCCUGUACUUUCUCUCAUUACGUCUUACAGUAGUUCUUCCAAAUAGGUAGAACCUUACGAGGAUUUCCAUUUUGCUGGACAACCUCUGUCACUUAAUCCUUAAGUGACAGGCUAAAAAGAGGCUUAAGCUGUCAGGAAGCCCAAGUGUGUUUUCCCCACGUGAGAAGCUGAGAAGAUGCUGCAUAGCCUGGUUGUCCACUUGACUGGUCAGCAUUUUAUUGAGCACCUACAGUGUACUAGUUGCCUUGGGAUUGUGCUAGGUUCACGCUUCAGGAUAGGAGGCACAUUUUGUAAUCUGUGUCUCAAUUCAGUGCUGGGGGCGGGAUGUGCA